UUCUGACGAGCGCGCCCUGGAUUCUGACGGUCCGGUGUGCGCGGGAUGCUUGCCGCGGGAGCUCGCGCCAUAUUGCAGAUUGGGUCUCGUCAUUGUCAUGAUGGCCCCGUCACGCCAGCCCGAGUCCCCCGUGCCCGAGUCUUGCAUCUCCCCGACUGCAUGCUGAGCGGCAGGGGGUGGGGCCGCGUCUCGGAAUCUGGUACCCGACAUGUCCGCAGCUGCCUUGGCUCCGAGUCCGCAGAGGCUGCUUGCGAGCAAUGGCUGUUUCCGCGGGGGGCACCUUGCGCGGGCACGGCGGUUGCGUUCUGUGUUGUUGCUUCUCUCCGGACGGGACGAGGAUUCUGUCUGGGUCUAUUGACAAGACUUUGAAGCUGUGGCUCGCGAGGGACGGUGCUCUGCAGCAGACCUUGAGCGGUCACGGCGAUGAGGUUCUGUGUUGUUGCUUCUCCCCAGACGGGGACGGUGCUCUGCAGCAGACCUUGAGCGGUCACGGCGAUUGGGUUCUGUGUUGUUGCUUCUCUCCGGACGGGACGAGGAUUCUGUCUGGGUCUUAUGACAAGACUUUGAAGCUGUGGCUCGCGAGGGACGGUGCUCUGCAGCAGACCUUGAGCGGUCACCGCGAUGCGGUUCUGUGUUGUUGCUUCUCUCUGUCUGGACGGGACGAGGAUUCUUUCUGGGUCUGAGGACAAGACUUUGAAGCUGUGGCUCGCGAGGGACGGUGCUCUGCAGCAGACCUUGAGCGGGCACGGCGGUAGGGUUCGGUGCUGUUGCUUCUCUCCAGACGGGAAGAGGAUCGCUUCUGGCUCCGAUCGCGAAAAGGUGCUGAGGCUCUGGGACACGGAGAGCCAGCCCGAGCCGUCUCACAAACGACAGAAGACGGACGGAGUGCCAGCAAACAGGUACGAUUUCGACCUGAACGAGCACUUUUUGUUCCAUGGGACUGUGCCGUCCGCCUUGGAGAAAAUCUGCAAAGGUGGCUUCAACCCGCAGCGUGGCGGCGCAACCACUGGCAAGCUCUUCGGCACCGCUGCAUAUUUUGCCGCCAAUUCUUCCAAAGCCGACGACUACACGGAGGAGCGUGCUAACCAGUUGGCAAAGAACGCCACGAGGACCUUAAUUGUUGCCCGCGUUGCGCUUGGCGAGUCGUUUCGCACUUUGAGGCCGAUGCAGAAGGCCACGAAGCCUCCAGACAAUGACGACGGCGUCGACUUCGAUUCGGUCUGGGCUGAUACGUCGACCAAUGGAGGCUGCGUGGAUCACCUCGAGGUCAUGACUUACUCGGAGGCGCAGGCACUGCCAGUCGCACUUGUGGACUAUCGGCCAGGUUUUCGCGAGCACGUUCGUUCCCGCCACGGCGAGCCGCCAGCGCGGCUGUGGUUUCUGUCCCAGGACGCAGGAGCCCCUCGAGCCAUGUCGCCAGGGUGGUACUGUGGCAAGUGCGGGUUCUACAACUACGGGCACCGCCGUGUCUGCCGCCAGAGCGGAUGCGACGGGUGCAAUCCAGUUCAAGCAGCCCGGCCUGAUCAGAGCUAUUGGGCACAGUACUCGGUGCCAGGCGGGGUUUGGUAUCAAGGGCCUCCAGUGCUGCGGCAGGGAGAUGGAGGCAAAGGUGGCGGCAAGCAUGACAAGGGCGGCAAAAAGGGCCUUGGGGGGGGCAAGUCCCCUCAGGGUGGCAAAGGGCCAGGUGGUGGGCAACCGCCACGGGCCCUCGCGCAGGAGGAGCGUGAGAUGUGGAUGGCCACGUCGGAAGAACAGUUCGCCGUUCUGGGUCAAAGCUUGUCGCAGUCGCACAGAGAUCAGCUCGCCGACGCGCGUGCCAUGGCCAACUUCGGGCUGCAGGGCGCGCAGGCGGAGGCACAGCAGGCCAAUUUGCAGAUCGGCAAGUUCUCGCAGCAGGUGCUGCAUCAAAAGCAGAGGCUCGCGAAGCUGGAGGAGCAGGCGCAGCAGGCGAUCAUGGCGGCGGUCGUGGCGAAGCAACAGUUGCAGGAGACGGAGAAACAGCUGGGCGAGGCCAAGCGGCGCGCGGCCGAGCACCUGGGGGCCCAGGGGCUGGCGCAGCAGAUCGCGACCGACGCGUUCGAGGUGCCGAUCAAGGAGGGCGCGGUCGACGCGCUCAGGGCGGCCAUGGCGGUGGUGGCGCAGCAGGCCGCGGCGGCGAUGCAGGGGAGUCAGCCUGGUGGCGCCGCGGCGUCAGGCGGCACCGUCGGCGCCGCCGCCGCGGGCGCGGGCGCGGGCGCCGCCAGCGCAGGAGGCGCAGGCGCUGGCGCCCAGACGCCAGGCGCCCAGGGCGCCGCAGGCGGCGGCGCCGACACGGAGCGCGACGUCAAGAUGGUCGAAGCUGAUGGUGGUGUUCUUCUUGACCUUCGCUCUCAGCUCGAGUCUGAUGGCAAGCUCACAGAUCCCGAAGUGCAGGCCACCAUCCAGAGCCUGUUCAGCAAGGCGACCCAGCGCCUUGAGGAGGAGAAGGCUGAGGUGGCAAAACGAGACAGGCGCAGCAGGAGCCCAGGCUCGGUAUUCACGGCUGAGCAGGCGAAGGAUACGUAUGCGGAUUUCUGUGCAUUGGCUGAGCAGGAGCUGGUGAACACUUACCAGAUCGAUCCAGCGCAGGCCGAUGGGUGCAAAGGCCAGGAUAAGCAGGUGCAGGACUUGCUGAAAAAAGGCAAGGGGGCCGCCCACGAUCCUGUGGGAGAGGCGGAAAGGUGGGAGAACAAGCACGCGCGCACGUACAUGUACGGAGGAAAGGGUAAGAAUUGCGAGAUGGCUACCUGGAAGCAGGCGCUGUUGAACGGGGCCGCUCGGGCCAGCAAAUUUUUCAGUGGAUGCGCGCUGAUUGAUCUGGAGAAGGCGUACGAACGAAUCACGCGCGAGCAAUUGAUAAGAGCAUGCAACAAGCACGGGUUCAGUUUGAGGAGGUUAAGGUUUCUCCUGUUGGUUUACUCGGGCAAGCGGGUCAUUAAAGUAGGAGAGGCGGUGUCUUUGCCCUUUGAGCUGAACGCCACCAUUGUGGCAGGCUGCUCGUAUGCGACGACGCUGCUGAAAGUAGUGUUGUUAGAUGUUUUCGACGAUGCGGCCAAGAAGUGGCCGAGGAUCGGCAUUUCUUUGAUGGUAGACGACACUGGUCUCCAGGCAGUGGGUGAUCAGAAGCAUGUUCGGACUCAGUUAGUUAGGUGCACUCUGUUUGUUUGCAGGUCCCUGGAGAAGCUCGAGAUGAAGGUUCCGAGACGUAAAUCGAUCCUGGUGGCCUCGGACCCGAAACUUGGAAAGCAGCUGGCAUGGGCGCUUCGGGAAUUUGGGUUCAAGCAUGUUCAGGCGACCAAAAACCUCGGGGUCGAUUUCAAGCUGAGGACUGGAAAGGGUAGAAACGUCACAAACAAGAGACUGAAGACGACCAGGGGCAGGGUGCGAAGGUUCAGGGCCAUCAGAUUCUCUCGGAAGCCGCUUCAGAAUGUGUAUCGAGGAGGCCCCACGCUGGCGGUAAUGUAUGGUGUUUCGGUCGUCGGUCUCGGCGACGCGCAGUUGGAGCAGCUGCGCGCCUCGACAGGGGCGGCUAUUUUCGGGCCUGUCAAGGGCCGCAGCCGCAGCUUGCAGUUCCUUUUGGCUGAGGUCGAGAAGCUCGACCCGAUGUUCGCAGCAAAUUCUUUGCCUCUGCAGAUGUGGGUCAGAGCAGUAUUUGAUUCGUGGGCCACGGGUGCCCAGAUGAAGCACGCCUUCGACUACGCGGUCAAGGCUAGGAGGGACCAUGACAAUAGUGGAAUGGGGGCCGCUGCCGAGGCCCUGACUCAGCCUGAUAUCUUGUUCACGAGAGCCCUGGUGGACUCCGCGAGGACCGAGUUCCCAAAGAUCCUCCAAGGUGCCGAGUAUAGGUGGGCUGUGAAGCCCGAGAGUGGAGUGCUAGGCUGCGAGCCUCAUUGGUUCAGAGGCAACCAGGAGGCGGACUCCUGGGCCAAGACAGGUGCCAAGACUUUGAAGCUGUGGCUCGCGAGGGACGGUGCUCUGCAGCUGACCUUGAGCGGGCACGUCUAUUGGGUUCAGUGUUGUUGCUUCUCCCCAGACGGGACGAGGAUUCUUUCUGGUUCUGAGGACAAGACUUUGAAGCUGUGGCUCGCGAGGGACGGUGCUCUGCAGCAGACCUUGAGCGGUCACAGCGAAUUGGUUCGGUGUUGUUGCUUCUCUCCGGACGGGACGAGGAUUCUUUCUGGUUCUUCUGACAAGACUUUGAAGCUGUGGCUCGCGAGGGACGGUGCUCUGCAGCAGACCUUGAGCGGUCACGGCGAUUGGGUUCUGUGUUGUUGCUUCUCUCCGGACGGGACGAGGAUUCUUUCUGGUUCUGAUGACAAGACUUUGAAGCUGUGGCUCGCGAGGGACGGUGCUCUGCAGCAGACCUUGAGCGGGCACCGCGAUGCGGUUCUGUGUUGUUGCUUCUCUCCGGACGGGACGAGGAUUCUGUCUGGGUCUUAUGACAAGACCUUGAAGCUGUGGCUCGCGAGGGACGGUGCUCUGCAGCAGACCUUGAGCGGUCACGGCGAUUUGGUUCUGUGUUGUUGCUUCUCUCCGGACGGGACGAGGAUUCUUUCUGGGUCUGUUGACGAGACUUUGAAGCUGUGGCUCGCGAGGGACGGUGCUCUGCAGCAGACCUUGAGCGGGCACCGCGAUGCGGUUUGGUGCUGUUGCUUCUCUCCAGACGGGAAGAGGAUCGCUUCUGGCUCCGAUGGCGAAAAGGUGCUGAGGCUCUGGGACACGGAGAGCCAGCCCGAGCCGUCUCACAAACGACAGAAGACGGACGGAGUGCCAGCAAACAGGUACGAUUUCGACCUGAACGAGCACUUCUUGUUCCAUGGGACUGUGCCGUCCGCCUUGGAGAAAAUCUGCACAGGUGGCUUCAACCCGCAGCGUGGCGGCGAAACCACUGGCAAGCUCUUCGGCACCACUGCAUAUUUUGCCGCCAAUUCUUCCAAAGCCGACGACUACACAGAGGAGCGUGCUAACCAGUUGGCAAAGAACGCCACGAGGACCUUAAUUGUUGCCCGCGUUGCGCUUGGCGAGUCGUUUCGCACUUUGAAGCAUAUGCAGAAGGCCACGAAGCCUCCAGACAAUGACGACGGCGUCGACUUCGAUUCGGUCUGGGCUGAUACGUCGACCAAUGGGGGCUGCGUGGAUCACCUCGAGGUCAUGAUUUACUCGGAGGCGCAGGCACUGCCAGUCGCACUUGUGGACGAGACUUUGAAGCUGUGGCUCGCGAGGGACGGUGCUCUGCAGCAGACCUUGAGCGGGCACGGCGGUGGGGUUCUGUGUUGUUGCUUCUCUCCGGACGGGACGAGGAUUCUUUCUGGGUCUUAUGACAAGACUUUGAAGCUGUGGCUCGCGAGGGACGGUGCUCUGCAGCUGACCUUGCGCGGGCACGGCGGUUGCGUUCUGUGUUGUUGCUUCUCUCGGGACGGGACGAGGAUUCUUUCUGGGUCUUAUGACGAGACUUUGAAGCUGUGGCUCGCGAGGGACGGUGCUCUGCAGCAGACCUUGAGCGGUCACGGCGAUGAGGUUCUGUGUUGUUGCUUCUCUCCGGACGGGACGAGGAUUCUUUCUGGGUCUGAGGACGGGACUUUGAAGCUGUGGCUCGCGAGGGACGGUGCUCUGCAGCAGAUCUUGAGCGGGCACCGCGAUGCGGUUCUGUGUUGUUGCUUCUCUCCGGACGGGACGAGGAUUCUGUCUGGGUCUUAUGACAAGACCUUGAAGCUGUGGCUCGCGAGGGACGGUGCUCUGCAGCAGACCUUGAGCGGGCACCGCGAUGAGGUUCUGUGUUGUUGCUUCUCUCCGGACGGGACGAGGAUUCUGUCUGGGUCUGAUGACAAGACUUUGAAGCUGUGGCUCGCGAGGGACGGUGCUCUGCAGCAGACCUUGAGCGGUCACGGCGGUGCGGUUCGGUGUUGUUGCUUCUCCCCAGACGGGACGAGGAUCGCUUCUGGCUCCGAUGGCGAAACGGUGCUGAGGCUCUGGGACACGGAGAGCCAGCCCGAGCCGUCUCACAAACGACAGAAGACGGACGGAGUGCCAGCAAACAGGUACGAUUUCGACCUGAACGAGCACUUCUUGUUCCAUGGGACUGUGCCGUCCGCCUUGGAGAAAAUCUGCACAGGUGGCUUCAACCCGCAGCGUGGCGGCGAAACCACUGGCAAGCUCUUCGGCACCGCUGCAUAUUUUGCCGCCAAUUCUUCCAAAGCCGACGACUACACAGAGGAGCGUGCUAACCAGUUGGCAAAGAACGCCACGAGGACCUUAAUUGUUGCCCGCGUUGCGCUUGGCGAGUCGUUUCGCACUUUGAAGCAUAUGCAGAAGGCCACGAAGCCUCCAGACAAUGACGACGGCGUCGACUUCGAUUCGGUCUGGGCUGAUACGUCGACCAAUGGGGGCUGCGUGGAUCACCUCGAGGUCAUGAUUUACUCGGAGGCGCAGGCACUGCCAGUCGCACUUGUGGACUAUCGGCCGCGGCCUCGCCGCGGCCGGCGCGGCCUCGCCGGCGCAGGCCGCGAGGCCGCGGCGGCGGCGCCCUCCGCCCGCGCGCCGGCCCUGCGCAGAGGUUCGUGCAUGCUGGCCGACGCGCUGGCCACCGCCGCCCUGGCCGUGGGCUCCGUGGCGGCCGGCCGCCAGCUGCUCGACACCUUCCGCGGCAGUGCGCUGAAGGCGGCCCGCCGGCGACGGUACCACUGCGGGCUCAUCAACUUCUCCGACACCGGCGCUGCGGGCGACAGCCUCGACAGUACAGAGUACCCAUCGCACGACAGGGACCAGCCGCAGUUCUACAGCUCGGAGGCUACAGCGGCCUGGGGCGACAGCUUGGCCGCAGCAGCGGCCAUGCCACAGCAAGCAGCAUACCCCACGAGCGACCCGUACGUCAACACGCCAGAUGAGCACUACAUGAUGGAGGAUUUCUUUGGCGACAGCGACACGGAGUCGGACGAAGACCAGCAGGACCCAGAGUGUACGGACGAGGCAAUAGAGGCAUAUGCAUCGAAUCUCCUCCCCCCUGGAGUGCCGGCCAACAGGACGAAUAUCACGACGGUGUUGUACGAGACAUACCUCAACAUAAAGAAGCGUUAUAGAGCCUACACGAAGAAGACGACGAAGGUCAGACGGUCCAAUCGGCGAUACUACGGUCGGCGCUCAGGACAAGGCAAAGGAGGAUUUCGGCGACAAUUCGGCAAGCCAAGCCACUUCCCCGUCGAAGAGCAGCACGACCCCACGUACUUCAAGGGUGGAAAGGGGAAGGGCAGCAGCUUCCGUGGACACGGCAAGAACAGAAAGGACCCAGUCACAGGCGAAGCGAUGAAGUGCCACGAGUGCGGUAGCGACGAACACCUGCGGAGGAAUUGCCCCAAGCUUCACCACCUGACGCAUGCGGCAGUCUUGGAAUGGUCUCAGAUCGUCGCAGACGGCACGGGCAUCCCGACGGACAUCAACACGGACCACGUCACACACCAGGAGCGACAGCUGCGGGAACUGAUGACCAGGAGCUUCAAUCCCCAACAGCCUCAGCAGGCAGUCGCGGCAGAACAUCAACAUACAUCGAUCUUGCAUCAGCUUCGCAUCUUGGAUCAGACGGCGAACGACGGAGAACAGAUAUCAGCGAGAUUCUUCCCCUGGUGGAACCUGGACGUGGAGCUGGACGAGACCAGCAGUUUCAACAUGGCGAACCUGAACGACGAGCAGAUCUUCCUCCUCAAGACGAAGUUGCCAGGCGAAGGACGUGAAGGACUUCUGGUGGACACUGGCGCACACGACAAUCUGGUGGGCAACCUGUUCAUCAAGCGCGUCCUGAACAUCUUGAGCGAGCAAGGCAUGAUGGACAAGGUGAAGUGGCAAAAGCUUCCCAAGCCCAUCAACGUGUCAGGUGUCGGCAAGGAGAGCCAACUCGUCGAAUGGGCCAUCACGAUUCCUCUAAAGGUCAUCGCGAACGAUGUGAAGAGCGACACUACCUACACGGCCCCAGUCGUCGGCACCGAGGAGGAUCCAUCUACAAUACCAGCGUUGUGGGGCAUCAAGUCUAUGCGACAUCAGCGGGCAGUCAUCGACCUGGUCAAUAACGAGAUACAUUUAUGUGGGCCAGGCCGAGUAUACAUUAACACACCUCAUGGUACUUCUACGCUGAAGAUCGAGAGCAGCAUGAGUGGACACCCGCUGGUACCAUGCACGGAGUUCGACAAGCACAAGAGGAAGGUCACCUUCAAGGCGGAGCCGCAGUACGCGACGGAGCACCAGAGCGACGUCGUGCACCACUUCAGCGACUUCAUCGGCAAGCAGCACGAGAGCGGCAGCCUGAAGACUACCAUGGUGCGGCUUCAGGAUGGCAGUCACACCUCGACCAUCCGCCUGGAGGCCAACUUUGAUUUGGGCGCUCCGGGCAUGAUCGACCACGCGGAGGCACCGGCGGCAGUCGCGAGCCUCCUUGAUUUGUUGUUCAAGGCAGAGCACAAGACGACGGACAACAGCAGUGGCGACCAGGUUAUGUUCGACGUUCUCGAUGAAGAUUCCACGGCAUACCCUACCGAUGCAGCUGUUCGGGCUAAAGAGAGAGAGCGGCAUCGGAAAGCACAGGCCAUCGACCCAACGCACGCCACGCCGAGCAAGAAGAAGAAGUUCAAGGUGGAGCAGCACUUCGACGACUGCGGGCUCGACGACUCUAGUCUCAAGCAGGCGCUGUGGACACUCAACCAGACCAGCACCGAGAUCUACGACGACAAGGACCAACUCAUGGACAACGAACAGGACCAAGACACCUGCUCGGUGUUUGUCUCUUCGCUACGAGGCUUGAGUGGGUCAGACACCAACGACAAGACCUACAGCCACGUGCCAAAGCAGUUCAAGUACGACGCGUUCACCAGCUUUAUGGCAGAUUGGUCUUAUCCCGCUCAGUAUAGCUCACAGAGCAGGGACCACUACAUCGACGUUGUGGAGAUAUGUGGAGGUAACGCUAGAACAUCACAGAUACUGAUCCACCGCUUCCACGAGACCAAGAUCGGGCUUAACUUCGACAUCAUUGUAGGCAUCGAUCUCUUGGACCCCACGCAAGAAGCGGCACUUUGGCAGUAUCUCAAAUCGAACAAGGUUCUGAUCACGAUUCUCAGCGUUCCCUGCACAGGACUAGCAGGCUGGCAGACAUUGAACAAGUUCACCAACCCGGAGACCUGGAAGCAGAGUAGGCAACGAAGCUACCUCGAGAUCCACGACCUCGUCUUCACGACGAACCCACAGCAGCCAAUCGAGUGGAUCCCGACCCAGGCACACGACAUGAUCAGGAUGUUGCAGAACGCCGGCGUGCCUAUGGAAGUCUGCAAGAUGGCGCACGACAUCGUGGACACCUGCAGGGCGUGUCGGAUGUGGCAGCGGCCAGCACCGAAUAACAUGCCGACCAUGCGUUUGUCACUCACGUUCAACGAGUACGUGCAGGGUCUCGAAUUGCAGGUUGGAGACUUCGUGGACAUCUUGAGGAAGACCGACAAGAAGGGCAUCACCAACUGGAUUGGACCAUGCAAGAUCACGGACAUGUCAGAUAUGCGAGACGGACUUGUACAUUGUAAAUGGCAAGGACGCCCCAUGUCGGUACGAAUCGCGGACAUCAGGAAGGCGCUGUACUUGGAGUUUCUCCAUUUUGCGAGCAGUCAGGACAGCAGUAUCACGAGCAUCAGCACAGUCAUGACGCAGGUGACCAAGUUUGCAGACUCCUGCUCAAGGGCGGUGUUACGAUUUGGUUGGUGUGUAUCCUCGACAGUACGCUAUUAUACGAUUCAGUAUGGCAGUACCUACGUGGACUGGAAGCGAAUUCUUUGUGAAGAUGAGCGGCCAGAGGCGUAUUGGUGGAAAAUAUCAUUUGUGCAGUUCUUCUUCAAGCAGACCGAACGGCACCGGCAGACCGACGUCAACGACCAGAUCCAGCAGUUGACCGAGACGAAGGAAGUCAGCGACGAGGACUUCGAGCCCGGGACGGGCGUCGACGAUCGCGGACCACCACCAGAUUCAGGUGACGGAGGCUGGCGCAUUGCGGAAGGCGACGACCUCUACUGCGACCACCGCGGCAAUGAGGUCAGGCUACCCACGACAAUGGACGAGUUCAAGGCGUAUAUCACGAGCAGGAAUCCAGAGCCCCUGCUCAAGCGAAGGAGCACGAACGACGAUUUCGACCAGUCCGAGUUCGAGUACUUCGAGGCACCGGCUCAGCAGACGAAGCACGAUUUGGUGGACCAGUCAAGGGACAUGACGUUUCACUUCGAGCGCGAGGAACCCGUGGCGGAGUUUGCUUUACCUUGGUAUAUCGCUAAUCUGGAGUUUCGAACGAAGCAGCGUAUUCCCGAGGGGUAUGACUUGGUUUAUUUCUUAUCUAAGACUAAGCUCAGCAGCCAAGUUAUCAAACGAGAUCUUCACAACCUCAGCGCAGAUGAUCAGCGACAACAUCAUGAAAAGGUUAUCAGUUCUAUGAAAAGAGAGUUGCAGCAGUGGCUGGAGCUCGAGAGCGUUGGCAUCAUGCUCAAGCGGGACGCCACCAACCUCGUCGACGGCACAUGGGUUUUCAAGUGGAAGAUCAUGAUUCUAGAUGGUAAAGAGCAACGCGAGGUAAAAGGCAGAUGGACGCUGAGGGGGUUCAAGGACAGGCAGUCCCAGGUGGAGACUUUCAGCGGAACCGCAGCCCGGUACAGCACACGAGUGGUGAACAGUCACGCAUGCCAGAAUGAGUAUGAUUUGUGGGCACUGGAUAUCUCAGGAGCUUUCCUCAAAGGCCUUACGUUCGACGAGAUCAAUCAAAUGACGACGGACGGCUUGAUCAGGCAAGUUCAGCUUAUUGUAGACGCCAAGACAGCUUCCGUUUUGAGGACGUUCAAAGGCUGGGAGGGCUUCAAUCAUGAGAAACACUGCCUACGUAUUUUGCGACCGAUAUGGGGACUGAAGGACGCACCGAGAUUGUUUACCUUGAAGUUGGCACAGGUUAUGAAUGCGACGCACCAUAUUCCAAGCAAGACAGACAACAAGCUGUACAUGAGGCACGACAACCAGAAUAAGUGUAUUUCAUUGGUUUGCGGUCAUCUGGAUGACUUAAAAGGAUCAUCGACGACUUCAGCACGAGAAGAACUAUGGAAGGCAUUGGAGACUGCAUUUGGCAAGUGCAGCAAACAUAUGAACAAGUUCACGUAUCUGGGAGUGGAGCACGAGCAGACGACGGACAAGAAGUCGAUCUACAUACAUCAGAAGGGCUACAUCGCGAGCAUCAGAGCGACACAGUUCAUCGGCCACCUGUGGAGCGUUAUAGUGCAGAAGUAUGACCUCCACGAGGGGCACGGCUACUGCGAGAAGAUCAAGUACGAGCUCCGUGAGCUCGCCGAGGCCGUCGACUCUGUACCGACCAUCCCCAGUCAGGAGUCCCCCGCUCGUGCUGCGGGCAAAGGCAAAGGCUCUCUUCGUUAUGGUGCUCGUAAGCGGCUCGCUGCUGACGUUCCUGUCGACCCAGGCUCCGACGGCCCCGCCGACAUGGACGACGAUGACUUCACAUCAGAUGAAUACCUCAGGCAGGUGUGCCGUGAGGAGUUCCAGCCCAUGCGUGGCACCAUCACAGCAGAAGUCAGUAGCAGCGUGUCCAAGACUGUCGGCGAGAACCACACCACUCUUCUCAUCAUGCUCUCGGCCAUGCAGGCGGAGGUCGCCAAGCAAGCCACCGCCGUCGAGCAACAGGUCCAGUCCGCGCUCGCCCCUCGGCUCGACGCGGUCAGCCGACGCUUCCAGUCUCAGAUCGACGAACACACGGCCCAGUUACUUGCCGCCGAGACCAGGCUCGAUCGCCACGAUUCCGACAUCGAGGCCCUUCGCGAACAGAUCGCGGAGCUUCGUAAGCAGCUUGCCAUUGCCGCCGCAGCCCCUCGUGAUGAACAGCCCCCUCCCUCGUCAUUCGAGCGCGCCGAUGACUGCACCAUCGUUGUCGCUGUCUCUCAGAAGCCCACCACCCAGGCCAGCAUCGUCGCCUCCCUCCAGCCCUGGCUCGAGGGCCUCAAUUUCACCAGCGAGGACUACUCCAUUGUGCUUCGUGGCGCUGCCCCAGCUCGCCGGCUCGAGGUUCAGUUUAAAGGUCCGUCAGGCGCUGCCGCUCGGAAGGCCCGCUCCGCCAUGUCGAGCCUGCGCGACCAGUCGGGUUGGAAGGAGUUCUGGGCCACCCCUCCUGGAGCUGAAAGGCGCAGGCUCCACUUGGGCCCCGACAAGACCCCCAAGCGCAUCAAGUUGGAGAUCUCCCUCCGCAAGGUUCGACAGGCUGUCGAACUCCAGUACCCAGGCAGGCGGCUCUUCUCCGACAAGGAGCGCGGCGCCCUCUCGAUCGGCUGGGACAAGUUCAUGCAGAUUCAGGUUGCGCACGGGGACGCACCGCCCAAGAUUUGCUGGGACAUCGCCAUUCUCGCCAGGCACGGCAUGGAUGUGGAGACCCUCCGCGCGGCCUGCCGCGACAUCACCCACCCCUCGGAUCCGCCACAGCGGUUGGCGACGUGGAAUGCUAGAGCCUUGCUCCAGGCCGGGGGUGACAGGGCCCGCACCAAGAAGUCGCACCUCAGCAGCAUUCGCCCAGCAUGCACUAUCAUUGCGCCCCAGGAGAUCCACCAGGACCACCACCAGCUCGUCUCGUUCAUUGCGACCAUCGCGAAUGACAUCUCAGUCUUCCCCAGUUUCGACCAGGACCCAGCGUCGGGCCACAUUCGCGGCGGCGCGGCUAUAUUGGUUCCUCCUCUCGCGGGCUCCAACGGGGCACUACCGACUACAGCGCAGAGGGUGCUCAUUCCUGGGCGCGCGCACGUUGUCGCGAUAUCUUCGGCCUCUCAUAUGGCGGAUAUUUUCAACAUCCACAACCACGAGCUCUCCCACUCCGACAUCCGCCAUGCCGUUGAGGCUAUCAAGGCCUCACGACUACGCGCGCAGGAGGACCCCGACAUGUACACCGCAUUUGUGCUGGGCGACUUCAAUUUUGCCGUGCACGAUGCGUUGGUGCUUGCGCCCCCUGCCGCAGCCGUCCGUCGCGGUGACAGGCGGCACCAUGGGCAGGAGCCUCGCUGGCGAGAGGCGCUCGCUUGCCUCACCGAGAUUGCGUGCGAGGAGCUCUUCGCCUGUUCGGGGGACACGGUCCAGAUCUUCCCCCCUGAGAAUGUCACGGACGCCGAGCUCGCUGACCGCACGUGCAUUCGUUCUCCUGACAAAGUUCGGGUCUUGGGGCUUCGGAAUUGCGACCUCAAGAUCAUAUCCGCGGCGGUCAACCGCGCCACCCGCCCUGCUUUGCAGGCCCCGGCGCCUCCGUGCCAGCGCGGAUUUAUGCCUGGUCGGAGCUUCGUGGUCAACAUCCUCGAGCUGGACGUCCCGAGCAGGAUCUUGUCUGUCACGCCCCACGCCUCCCGCGACAUCCCUGCCAUGUUACCCCUCGAUGUCGGCCUGGCCUUCCCCUCUAUAAACCAAGACUUCCUGAUGUGCUGCCUCCGCCGCAUGGGGGUCACGUUGCACAAGGGUCAUCUCGAGCACGUCUUCUGGAUCCAGAGCGGUAUCAUCCAGGGCUGUCCCCUCUCUGGUACUCUGCGCGCCCUGGGCGCGGCCGCGUUCCUCGUGGACCUGGCUGAGAAGGUGGAGGGCCCUCAGUUAGGCCUUGCCAGAGCCUGUGCUGAUGAUAUCGGCGGCGCCCUGAGAUCCGCCCAGGCCCUCUCAGAGGUCUCACAGGCCAUGUCAUGUGCCUCGGCUAUGGCUAACUUGGACCUGAAAGCGGCGAAGUGCAAGGUGGUUCCCCUCUCUGGCCCCUUCUCCGCGGCGCUGGCUAGGGACGUUCGGGGCGCUAUCGCGAGGGAGAUUCCUGAGUGGAUCGGGUUCGAGAUCACCUCGCAGUUGCUGUAUCUUGGCAUCUGGGCGGUCAACACACUCUCAUACGUUGCUCAGUUCUGCUGGCCUCCGAAGUCCGUUCUCCAGCCAGAACUGACGGUGCUUGCGCAGGUGUUCAGGCUUCCUCUCGGCGCGCUGCACCUCGACGCCUGGCCGCUGCUGCUGGUCGCCCUCCUCCUGGUCCGCUGGCCGCUUUCGGCCGCCGCCGCGGCCCUGGCGGCGCUGGACCUCGGUGGCCGCUCUCGCCCCCGCCCUCAGCGUGCCGCACAUGCUGCAUUGCGCGAAGCGUCGCUGGCGGCACGUCCUCCCCGUGCCCUGUUCACCCUGCGCCUUGCCAAGAUUGCUGGCCAGCACGCCAGCUCCCUGUGCUAUGUGGACUGGGACGCCUGCCAGGCCGUUCUUCGGCGGUGUCCGUGCUCGUGGGCGUGGGCGGUGAUCCGCUCGUGGUCCGAUGGUUGGAUGACAUCCGCCCGCGUCAUAUCGCCGCAUGGGAAGCGUCCCUGCGCAUUUGGCUGCCUUGGCAAGGGGGACACGCUCAAGCACUACGCCCGCUGCCCUGUCCUCUGGUCGGCUCUUCGACGCGCGCUGGCCCGCCCCUUCGCCCUCGACUUCCCGUCAAGAUGGGGCAUGCGCCGCCCCUCGUGCCAAUCCUACUCUGUGCUCGCGGCUGCCUACAACACGUACAAUGAGGCUCACCCCUGCGGUGUCAAGCUCGAGUUCGACCCCGCCCUCAUGUCCGCGCACUCGCACGGCACGAGCCUCAUCCGCGCUGGGAUCCAGCAGCACAUGCUCUUCCUCAUCCUGCUUGCCGAUCCGCUCGCCCAGGGCGGCUUCAGGAUCGCCGAUGGCGCUGCCGUCUCCUAUUUCGAGCUGGGCUUGCAUGACGCCGACCUCGCCAGUGACGUCGUUGUCUCCUAUUUCGCGCGGUGCACGCGUGACGCCGCCCUCGCCAGUGUCCGCGCGUGCUCCGCGAAGGGCGGCUUCCAGGUCGUCGAUGGCGCUGUUGCCCCCUAUUUCGAGCGGUGCAUGUGCGACGCCGCCCUCGCCAGUGACACUGUCGUCUCUUGUUUCGCGCGGUGCACGGGUGACGUCCUCGCCAGUGACGUUGACGACGGGAUGUUCCGCGCCCUCGUCGAGGACCUGGCGGCACUGGAGGCCUCCCUGGUCGCGCAGGCGCAGACGGCCGACGAGCGGCUGCUCGCGGGGGUCCACAGGGCUUAG